AUGUCACACCAUGUUCCUAAUUUAUAUGGUACACCUAUUCGCGACCCUCACGAACGCAAACGCAAUUCAGCGUCAAUGGGCGAAGUAAAUCAGUCAGUUUCUUCGAGGAAUUGUGAAAGAGGAAGUGAAAAGGGCACGAAGCAAAGGAAGAAAGCCUCUCACGCUUGUGACCAAUGUAGAAGGAAAAGAAUCAAGUGCAGGUUUGAUAAACAUACCGGCGUAUGUCAAGGGUGCUUAGAAGUCGGUGAAAAGUGUCAAUUUAUUAGAGUUCCAUUGAAACGUGGUCCUGCAAAAAAAAGGGGCAGUGUAGUAUCCAUUGAAAAAUUCAGCUCGGAUAAUGAUCCUCUUCAAUACCGACCAAGAACACAUUCAUACCCAAUGAACUCGGGAAAUAACUACUUACCAUCACUCGCCAGGAAUUCCUCUUUUCCUUCCAUAAGCAGUCUAUUUGUUCCCUCGAUAACUGCUCAAUCGCAACAAUUUGUAAAGGUGCCGUACGAUGACAUCAAGCGUAGGAGCUCUCUGGCAAUAUUAGGCAGCGAUUCAUCGAUAUCUACCGAAUUUGGGGGAAACUAUCGCUUAGAUGAAAACUUAAAUGUCAGGCAAGAGGGGAAGGAUAUUGUAGCGAAAGGAAUGAUAACGCCCGUGGAGGAAAUGGGCGCAUGUUCAUCUAACGUUCGUCGUCAGGGUUCACAAUCUCUUCCAAUUCAAGAACAGCGCGCUAGCCCGUACAUUAACCCUUUUAUCUCUGGGAGAUCCAGGCUAAGCAGCCUUUCCUAUACAAGUGAGGCUACAACUUCAGAAGGUAAUACGCAAGGUAAAAACCAAUGCAUGCUUACUCCCAAUAGUGUACGUUCCAUUGAAAAGGAACGAUUAAACUCGUUAACUGCGGGAUUUCCGAACAAAAAAUUAGGCACAGAUGGUAGAAGUGACAAAUGGGACAAAAAUUCGACUUGGAAGCCUGUAUAUCGAUCGUCGAAUCCUUCUCAUCCUAGCACUGAAAAAAAUGUUUCCUUGAAUCAGGAAGCCAGUGCUAAACCACUUAUGCUUGGAACCUACAGACAGUUUGAUGCAACCUCGUUCUACAAGGUUUUAGGCAUCUACUAUAACUUUUUCCAUAUUAAUUUUCCUGUAAUACCAAUUAACAAAAGUAAAUUUACUGACAUGCUUGAUCCUGAAAAGCCAAACGUGAUUGAUGAGAUCAGACAAAUUAACAAUGAAAUUAUCCAGUGUUUUAAAACCGCGCUAGAGGUAUUGGUAUUUUGCAAAAUAAAACAAAGAAGGUCAUCGAAAUCAACAAAAUCAUGGUCUCGUGACAGUUUAUGCGAUUUUCAAAAAGGUCUGUAUUACAUUCAGAAUUUCAACAAAUGUAUAGCCGACUGCUUCCAAAGUUUAAUAACUAUAAAACCCGUAUUAAAACAAAAUUCCAGUGUUAUUCCUUCAAGAAUAAAGUUCAUUUACUUUUCGACAAUAAUAGUGUUAAAUUUUAUCUUAAUAUUGGCCGGUGAGGAAAGCUCGCUUUUGCUAGGCCCCUCUGUUGGGGUUUUUAACGAAUUUCAAGCUCAUAAGUUAUUUCUACCUUUUCAAAAUACGUCCCCAAUGCUAUUAUUAAAUUCAAACGAGGAAAGUGGUGACGAGAUACUGGAUUAUGCUGUGUUGUUCAAAAGGUUGUACAUCCUUUUAAACAUUCUGGAUACGCUACAAAGCUUUCGGCUAGGUCAACCAAAAUUAAUUAAUCUAAAUUUUGGUAGCGCCAUUGAAACAUAUUUUAGCGAUAAAACAGGUCAUAACCAAGUCGUCGAAAAAGCUCCCGUAGCUUUGGAUAACAUUCUACGAAACCUUAAACUUGGUGAAUUUAUAACAUAUUUUGUCCUUAACAGAAAAUCAUUGCAAGUAAAUGUACCUCACCACUUGCUGUUCACAAAUCAAACGGAUUACGGAGAGUUCGCUGUUGAAAAAGGGGAACAUGAUAAUAUAGCUGGCAAAUUUGAGACCCUUUUGAAGAAAAAGGAAAUUUUAAUCAGAAAAUUACUAAAUAUUGAACAGAAAAAUGACCAUAUUCUAGAAAAUUGCUGCAAUUCGGAUGCUGAAAUGAAAAAUAUCGGAGAGCUAGUCUGCUCAAUGAUCACUCUGGUAUCAGGCAUAUUAGAUUCAAUUACUAAUAUGAACGCAGAAAACUCUGUUGAUUUGGAUUCAAAGCCCCUUCCGAACGCCUAUUUUGCUCAGGACAGUGAAGAAGAAUUAAUGUCGCCAACACAAAGUAUUACGUCAAAUCUUGCCAGUGAAGAAAAUACACGUUGCACAACCAAAGACUUGAUGGGAACUGUUUCUAUUUUCAUGCUGCCAAUGGUGGAAGAAUGCUAUAAUAUCAUUAGUUUGAUAGGACCCAUACCUACCACAUUAAUAAGUUUAUACAUCCGUAAUGGAAAUAUGGCCAAGGGAAUAAAUGACAGAAUUAUGACGUUGUCAACUGCGCUGAACGAAUUGGUGCAAAUAACCGCACUAUUUAAUACCCUAGAACCUUUUAGGAAGAAUGCACAUGACCGUGCUAAGCGUUACUAUGUAAGUGCUACAAGUAGUACCGGAUGCUACGAAUCGGUAAUGAAGAGCAUGUAUUCCGGAAAAUGUGCAGCUAGUAACGCCUCAAACGUUGCGCCAUCGGAGGAAGAAAACAAAAAGAUAUUGAAAAAGUUUGCCGACAUAGGUUGGAAAUUGAUGGAUGAUUCAGAAUUGGGUUGUUGCUGUUGCUUCUUUAACUAA